AUGGUUGAUGAUUGUCUAGAUGAAGAUGGCACCAGCGUCACAUCCGUCAACAGCAGCAGCGCCGCCGAGGAAGAUCAGGAGCUCCUUCGAGUCAUCCAGAGUAUCGCAACAAAGUUUGUCAACACGACGGGGUAUCCCAAGAUCAUUAGUCUUUUGGCAGAACAUCCAGAGGGAUUGACACUGAACCAACUGAAAAAGAAUUGCAAUCUUGGCUUUGUCUUCAGUGAAGCCAAAAAAGCGGGGAAAGACUUUAUCCCCCUUCCUCAGUUCUUGUCCCACAUAGACGGUGUUUGCGUCCGAAGAAUCGAAGGUCGCGACAUGAUCUUUCCAGACGAUGACUACUCCUCUGCCGCUGCGACACCAGCCUUGCCCGUCACGACGAUUCCAGCCAUCACUACGAAUGGCUCAUCCCCAAGACCUGGAGCCGCCGAACUACUCCAACUGCUUGCCGCCAAGUUCCCACAGAAUUCCUUUCCGACCAACCAAAAGGAUCUCAAGGCGGCCGUGCUCCCCUUGUCCAGAGCCACACCCACCAUAUCCACGUGGCUGUUGAGUGGCAUUGACAUUAGCAAAAAAAUUGGUGUACAACGGACCGAAGUCAUUCGACGUGUCCUGAAUGAAUUCAAGAGAAUCGGCUGUGUCAGUGGUACCAAUAGAGACAUCCAGUGGCAUAGCGCUGCCAUUUCUACCAUCCUUCGCCAAGAACCGUCCGCCACGGAGACGCCCGUCCCCAUGGAAGCGUCUUCGGCUGACUCGUUGCAUCUGAUUCAUCUGAUUGAUACCACGGACAAAUUAGACCAAGUGUGCGCGACGUUCCCCUUUAGCGGAGGAGCCACCAGCCAAGAAGAAGAAGACGAUUGUGUCGUGGCGGUAGACUGCGAAGGAGUACCAGACAAUCUUUUCCUAAUCCAAGUUGGCACUGCCAAGAAUGGAGCAUACCUGUUUGAUUGUGUCAAUCUAGGAGCCGAAGCGGUAUGCAAGGCUCUUACUCCUCUGCUGACAUGCACGGGUAUUACCAAGCUGUUUCAUGAUCUUCACAAUGAUGCGUUCGCCCUGUCGCGCAUUGGUGGAGUGAAGAACCUACACGGUUGUUUGGACACACAACUAGUCAUGGAAGCACUUUCGGGAAAAGUCAUCACCGGGUUCAACCAUAUGUUGGACCACUUUGAUCAGGAGAGUCAUCCGCUCAAGCAGCAAUUCAACAGGGAGAGAAUCAACCAAGGCCGACUCUUUUCGGUACGACCAUUGGCACCGGAUGUGUUAAAGUAUGCCGCUCUGGAUGUGAGUCUUCUCAUGAAAGCAAAAGAACGCAUCCUGAACGAGCUGGCGGGGCCCUUACGAAGCACCAUUCAACGUGCAUCGGAUCGACGAGCUCAUCAGGCUGCCACGGAAUUAUCGACCGGCAAACGCCGCAUUUGCUUCAAUGUGGCCAAGUCGUAUGCCAUGGCGUCGUUGGAGCUGCUGCAGGAACAAGAGCCGGAAAACAUGCAAAAGCCGGUCCCGUUGGUGGUAUCCGAUGACAGUCACGUUCUGCUAGAAAUGCUGCCACCGGAUUUGCGCGCAACCCUGGAUGGGCAAACGGACCGCCUGUGCGAUAUCAAUCUCGACAAAGGCCGGCAACCUCUGGCAUGGGUGGACGGGAAACGGAUCCACCUUGGAUCCGACGAAAAUCGUCUGGUGAGCGCGCAAGAUAUCCAAGGGGUUGUGGAACAGCUAGUAGGUGGUUUUGGAAGCGACAAUCGGGCAGGGCUGGAGCGGCAACUGCAUCGUGUCGCAGCCAUUCGCAACCGACAAGAUGACAUUAUUGGUCUGACGCUCCGAGUCGGACGUCAUGUCACUGGCAAUGCAGCCAUGAUCUCGGACUUGCUCCUUAAUGACCCAACCAAGUCGAUACUGUUUCUGGGAGAGGCCGGAUCGGGUUCGACAACCGUGCUGCGCGACGUGACACGACAACUGGCGGAACGAUUCAAUGUCUGCGUGGUGGACACGAGCAAUGAAAUAGCCGGUGAUGGGGACAUUCCUCACCCGUGUAUUGGCCAAGCCCGCCGCGUGAUGGUGCCAAGCCUCGACAAGCAAAGCGACGUCAUGAUCGAAUGUGUACAGAAUCACACACCCGAGGUCAUGGUAAUUGAUGAGAUUAGUAGGCCCACGGAAGUGGAAGCAGCUCGGAUAUGCAAACAACGAGGAGUUCGACUGAUUGCCUCGGCGCAUGGCGACCUCCGCAAGGUGAUCAAGAAUCCAGAGCUUCGGGGGCUGAUCGGAGGCAUAGAGACAGUGACGCAAGCAAAACAGGGAUCCAAAAAGGCGGGAAACAUCCAGAAGUUGAAAGAUCAACGGGCAGGUCCACCAUGCUUUGAUGUGAUUGUGGAGCUGAAGAAAGGGGCCCAUCAUGAAUGGCGCGUCACUUUGGAUGCUGGAAAGGCCGUCGAUCAAGUUCUGGAAGGGCAAAACUACUUUGUUCAGGCCCGCACACGUGAUCCUGAGAGUGGAGCAUUGGCAAUGGCUUUGGACGAGGUUUAG